CGUAUGCGACUUUUUUGUUUUACCCUCAGCGCUUGCCAUACUGAGCAAACAAUCAUGGCGGUUGUCAUCUGACUGAAGUUUAUAUGGGACCAACUUUUUCAACUACUAUGCUUCUCGCACUUCUCUUGGCUUAUUUCUCGGAGUUGUAUCCGCUAGCUCUUCUGACUUUACUGGAUAUCAGAUGAACUGAAACAUUAAGUUAGAAAUGUAAACUCGUGAGCGUGACGGCUUUGCGUUAGCCGCUCUGCUGUUGGUGUUUUACCUCAACAAGUCCUCCAGCUAACCUGGAGUCUGUGCUCUCGCGGGAUUUUAACAAAGUUUAAAUCGUAAAAUUUACGGGGGGUUUUACGUUAAAACGGGGGGAAAUUAUCUCAAAAUGCUUCGUUUUCUUCGGUACUGUUUAAGCCAUUGCCUCCAAGCAGCCAUGACCCGGCUGGAGGAGGUCAACGGGGAGGUGAGCAUGUGGUCGUCGGUCCGGUGGCUCGGGUACCUGUCCGGUCUGAACCUGCUCUUGGGCCUGAGUUUGGGUCUCUACACGCGCUGGGUCGGAACGGCGGAGUUCAUCGUUCUUGUAGUGCUUAUCCUGGCCCUGCUGGUCCUCGUAGCAGCCUGCGUGCUGUACUACUUCUUCGACAUGGAGCGGUUCAGCCAGAGUCUCCUCCACCUGUGGUUCGGCUUCCUGUUGGGUCUCCUGAGCUUCGUCAACCCGCCCGGCCUGGAGGCCGACGUCAAGGAGCGCGCGGCCAACUACCUGCUGCUGUCCAGCGUGGCUCUGAGGACGUUGUGGUCGCUGCUGGAGCGGCUGCUGGGCUGCACCCGGUACCGACCCGCCUUCAUCACCUCCGCGGAGCGCCUGGAGCUGGUCGGCUUCGCGGCAGCCAGCACGGCGCUCCUCAUCAAGGAGUCCCUGAGCGUCACGGUGCUGGUCGUGGCUCUCGGUGCGGUCAUGAUCACCCUGCGGACCAAGGCUUUCCUGGCCUUCCCCAACUUCGCCUGCUUCACAGCCAUCACCGGGAGAUUCUUCUUGAAGUCCUUGAGCAUCGACCCCAACCCGUUCUCUCUCGCCUGCUUCUUCGGCCAGCUCAUCUGCGACCCUCUGCUAGACUUCCACUUCAGCGGGCUUUCCGUCAUCGAGCGCUGGCGGCCCAUCCUGGUGUCCAGCGGUCUGAGGCGCCGCCUGACCCUCCUGCCCCUGCUGGCGAUCGAGGUGGCCUUCGUCGCCGUAGCGGCUCAGAAGUCCCGGGACUUGGACCAGUGGUACCUGGUGAUCCCGGGCAUUGUGGUGUGCGUGUUCUUCUGGUCCAUCUGCCACAUGGUGUUGGUGAUCAGUGUGUGGGGCUUUCACAACAAGCUCAGUGACUGCCAGAGACUGUGUUGGACGCAGGGCCCAGAGGACUCGAGCCUGGAGAAGAUCAUGGCGUCGAAGGGCAUGAGGCACUUCUGCCUCAUUUCCGCAGCCCUGGUGUUCUUCGCUCUGGUGUCCACUGUUGCUGUGGCUGCUUUUAGCUGGCAGGAGGCCAGCAGUAUCUUCAUUAGUACGUUUCUGCUCAUCCUGCCCUUUGAGUGUCUGCUCCACGGACUCUUCUAUGAGCUCGGGAACAGUCUGGGUGGGACCUGCGUGGGCUAUGCUGUGGUCAUCCCCACCAACUUCUGCAGUCCCGACGGCCAGCCCCUGCUGCUGCCGCCAGACCAGGUGCAGGAGCUGAACAAGCGCUCCACCGGCAUGCUGAGCAGCGUGCAGCGUUUCUUCGCCUGCCACCUGAUCGAAAACUACGGUUGCGACUACUCCACCAGCGGCAUCACCCUGGAGACCCUGCAGGCGAAGAUCAAGUCUUUCUUGGAGCUCCGCACAACAGACGGGCCUCGCCACGACACAUACGUGAUCUUCUACAGCGGCCACACGCACCCUAGCGGAGAGUGGGCCCUGGCAGGUGGCGACGUCCUCCGCCUGGAUCAGCUCUUGGAGUGGUGGAGGGAGAAGAACGGAGGGUUCUGCUCCCGCCUCAUCGUCGUGCUGGACUGCGACCACUCGCUGCCCUGGGUGAAAGACGUCCGGCGCGUGAACGGGCUGUACGUGGCCGUGCAGGGCGCGUCGCUCGAACGGGCCGGCGUUGCGGAGCGGCGGGAGGCCCCGCAGCUCGGGGACUUCACCGCUCAGUGGGUGGAGUACAACUGCAACCCCAACAGCGGCAUCCGCUGGUCCGAGAGGGGCCGGGUCGUCUCGGCCGCCUACGGCGUCUCCGGGCACUGGAGCGACUACACUCUGCACCUGCCAACAGGAAGCGACGUCACCAACCACUGGAGCAUGUACUUCCCCCGGGUGACCUACCCGGUGGUGCAGCUGGCGGUGUGGUGCGGCGGCCUCAACCUGCUGGGGGAAAGCAACUUCCUCCUGCGGUACCUGAGGAGAAUCAGGCUGAACUGGUUCCCACCAGCUGUCCUGGACACCCAGCAGGGCUUCAAACUGGUCACAUCAUAGGGACCAAUCAGAAGCUGCUGUUAUUUAUCUCACUGAUGUGGCAGCUACUCGUCACCAAACCAGCACCCUGUUAGUUACUGAAAAAAUAAUGUUAGCCAUUUAGAUUUUUUUUAAGUUCUUUUAAAUGUCAGAUUUUUAUAUAUAUAUAUUUUUAGAACAAAAGGUUGGUCAGUGAGAUUGAACUCGUUGCUCCCAGAUGAGCCUGAGCUCACCGUUUUGCACAUUUUCUCCUAUUAAAUCCGACUCCGCCUUGGAUUGUUUUGCUUCACAUGUUGCCUUUUAUCCAAAAAAUGUAAGACCUGCUCUGCUAUUUUUUAAUCUUGAACCAAAGUGACUCGGCUACAUGAGUUUUUAACCGAAUGCUACGCUCAAAGAAAUGAUCCUUAUUCUUUUUGAUGUCUUUUUUUUCAUACCUAUAGCUUCUGAAAUGCUCAGGUUGCUGCUUUGUGUCCCUAAGAAUGUUUUCUACUAUUUUUAAGAAGGAUUUCCUAAACCCACUCCAGCUUCUUCAGGUAGCACUAUAAUGAGAGAUGCAGUACUUCUAAUAAACCAGAGGAAGAUGUAAUAUUCUUUCUGGAUAUUAGUUUUUUAGGCUAUGCAAUUUAUUUUAUUUUUUUUUUAGAAUCAAUGAAAGGUUUGAAAGUGAUUAAUGGUGAGGAUUGGUGAAAGAUUGAUUACACUAUGCAAUAAAAUAAGUGGAAUUUAA